GAAUGACGCACGAAGAGAACAAAGAUGGCGUUCCCGAUGGUAGCACGAACAAAGCAAGCAGAAUACUAAAAUUAGAAAUGUUUUGAAUCUAUAAAAAAAAGUAAACGUUGUUCAAACUGUAAAUGCUUUAAAUGUGCUUUUUGAAAUGUUUUGCCAUGUGUAAAUUAAAAGAAUAUUACUCUUAGUAACCAUUCGACAAAACUUAGUUUUGUGUAAAUCAUAACAUACAUACAUACAUAUAAAGUUUGUGUGUUCGUGGUCAAAAGAAAUACAAUUCUGAUCUACACCUUUUUAUAAUUACAAAAGUAAAAUAGUUGUGAAAAAAGUGUAAAAAAAUAUUCAACACCAGCAACGAAUUAAACUCUAAGAAAAUAUUUAAAUUUUGUUCAAGUUUUUUAAUACAUAAGAAAGAAUGGCGACCAGCGAUGAUGAACCGAUGCACUUGUAUGAGGUGUUUCAAAAUUGUUUCAACAAAAUAGCAAAUAAGCAACCCCCAGGAACAGUCGUAUCUGAACGGGGAGGGGGCUAUCACUCACCAUAUGGGAGUCUUGCUGUUGAAAACGGAAUAUACCCUAGUGAUUUUAAUUCUAUUCACGAUACCAACGGGAGCAAUAAUAGAUUUGCCAACACAACGACGGUUGAUCAGUAUUUUGAUUCCGGGGCAACUAGUAGCGCUGGAUGGUACCAAUCACAAAUGCAUAACAGUACUAAUUAUAUGAGUCAAACGACAUAUCAGACCAACGCACCCAUAUCUUCACAUUCAAUGGAACACCAACAAGUUCAUAAUGCUGAGGGUUUAACAAAUAGUACGAAUGUUGGCAUGCACAUAGGAGGUGAAAGUGGUCAGAUUGGUAUGCACAGUCCGGCAUCGACAUCUCUUCCUCCAAUGAGUUCGUUUCGUGGUGGCUCGGGUUCUUUACCAAAUAUUGGGCAGCCGACAGUUCUGUCGCCAGCAGUGUACAAUUCGCCACAACACAAUCAGACAGCAGUGCAACAUACAUCCUUGUCUUCUGCUGGGCAAAUAACCCACCAUUCCUUAAACCAUACCCCGCUACCUCACGCACAUUCCCAUCAUAAUCAACCACAGCUUAGUCCUGCAAUUCAAAAUACUGAUGGCUUUGGCGGAAUAAAUACGAAAGUAUCUGGAGCUACUAAUUCGGCGGCAGCGUCAUUACGACAGCAGAUAUACAUGUCAGCUGCAGCAGCUGACCAGAGUAUAAGCAGUUUCAGUUCGAACCCAUCAACACCUGUUAAUUCACCCCCACCAUUAACACAGUCUGGAGUUGGGGAUGGGACAGUUUCUGGAAACGCCGUAUGGAAUCAUAAUGUUUUAAAUGGUAGUGGCGCUUCAAAUUAUUCAAGCGAUAUUCUACCGGUAACUAGCUUACAUACCAUGGCAUCUGUUUUUCAAGGCGCUCGAAUGGAAGAGCGCUUGGAUGAUGCUCUCAAUGUUCUUCGGAACCACUGCGAACCGGAACUGUUAACAAAUGUUAAUACUUUAAAUUCAAUAGACAAUACAGAAACAUUAUCUUCCUUUGUGGCCAAUUCACCUUCAUCCCAUCUAGUUGGCAGCGGUAGCUCUGCUGGGAAUGGCGCACUAGUACCUAAUUCGUCAAAUACCCUGACGCAUGAAGUUAUUUCAUUGAGCACGCCUGCAGCUGGUGCAAACGCGAUUCAAACAAUUGGAGCUUCUAGCUUAACAAAUAAUAUAAAAAUGGAACGAAGUGUCUCGGCAUCAAUAUCGGCAUCCUCAAAACCAACUAAAAAACGUAAAGAGCAAUUAGGAAUCAGUAAUAUCACACACACAGGUGUAUCAACAACUUCUAGUAUAUCGAAUCUGGAAAUGUCCGACACAAAGCCUACGAGCUCUAUUGAGUCUUCAAAUGCAACACAGCUGCAGCAGCUGUCUCAAGGUACAAAAGGUUCAAAGAGACCUCGUAGAUAUUGUUCCUCAGCGGACGAUGAUGAUGACGCGGAGCCAGCUGUCAAAGCUAUUCGUGAAAAAGAACGGCGUCAGGCAAACAAUGCUCGUGAACGCAUUCGUAUACGUGAUAUUAAUGAGGCUUUGAAAGAAUUGGGACGCAUGUGUAUGACACACCUAAAAUCUGACAAACCUCAAACUAAGCUGGGUAUUCUUAAUAUGGCCGUGGAAGUUAUUAUGACUUUAGAACAACAAGUUCGAGAACGAAACUUAAAUCCGAAAGCUGCAUGCUUGAAGCGUCGAGAGGAAGAAAAAGCGGAAGAUGGACCCAAAUUAAAUUUACAACAUCACAUGAUACAACAGCCAUCUGUUAGCGGAAAUACUUAUCAUCAUAGCCAGCCUUCACAGCUUGUUGUUCCUCCACCUACGCAAACUAUAAGCAACAUGAGCUUACCAGCUAAUCAGUCUAGUAAUGUUUUACCACCACAUUUACAGCAGCAGCAACAAAUUGGACAACAUCCACAAUAGCAUGAUGUCAGCAAUGAUCUGAAAGCAUCAUCAUCUUCCAUUACAACUCAACUAAUCCCAGAUACUUCAAAGUACUCAUCAGCCUUUGAGCUAGACCAACACCUGCUAAGCAAUUUUUUUAGGCGCUAUCAUGCGACUCAAACCAUUUCUGAGACAAUGUCCCCUUUGCAACACCCGUAGUAUGUUCUUUUGUCUAUAUUAUUGGGUUUUAGGCACAAGCACCUAUAUCAUUUAAAAAAUUUUUUUUACCAAUUGUAUAGACUUCAUUUUAUCUUUAUUGACGAGGUAAGAUUAUUUGUAGUUAUUUGAAUUGGAUUGAAUUAUAUAUAUCAUAUUAAAUUUAUAUUAAUAUGUGCGAUGUCACUGUAGCCAGCUCUUUAAACUUUCAUUCAUUCAUAUUGUAUAAGGUCUAUUUAGAAUUAAAAAAAAAAAAAAAUUAAAUAAAUAAAUAAAAAAAUAAAAAUAAAAAAAAUAAAAAAUAAAAAAAAUAAAAAAAAAAAAUCUUACAAAAAUCAAAAAUUCUUACAUAAAGAGUUUUUCUUGUAUUCCCCAUAUUUAUUUAAGAAAAUUCAGAUUAAUUUCUCUUAUUCGUCUUAAUGCACGGGUGUAAUUAAAAAAAUGUAUUUCUAUAGAAUAUGAUUUGAUGUACACACACAUAUAUAUAUGCAUUACUAUAAACUGAGUACUUACAAUAAGUAUUAGAAUGAAAUAAUCGUUAAAUAAAAAUUAAUGCUAUUUGUUAUUUUUACUUUAGAUUUAAAAACAACUUUUUUAACGGUUAUCAUAAACGAUAGAUUAGGUUAACUUUAAAUAAAGAAUUAAAAUGCUAUUUUAUGUGCAGCGUUCAAAAACUUAUUGAUAUAGGCAACAAUUUUGUACUUAAAUCAUCGUUAAUAGGCUGCCAAAAUUGAUCAAUGCUGCUUAGAUAGUUGAAAGCAAUUAUGUUCUGCGACGAUAUUCAGAGCAUUAUUGACAGAAAAUGUAUAAUAUAUUAUGAGUAUUUUAUUUACCUAACAGUGUUUAUAACUUUUGUGUUAAUCGCUAUGCUAUUAAACGAAAUAAGCUUCUUAA